AUCACUGCGGUCAGAUUGACGCGUGAGCGACUGUCAACGGGCCAGCUGAGCGCAAAAGAGUGAACAGCGAACUGGGCUAGAAGUUCAGUAGACCAGCACAACCAACGCAACGAAGGAAACUUUGACAGCGGACCCUAUUUUAUCCAACUUCUAAAGCAUUUGUAGGCUAAAGUUUGUGGAUUGUAGGCCUACCUUUAGUGAAUCGGUGAAAAGGCUGUACAAUCCUUGGCAGUGUUCUGAGACUGUACAGCUGCCUACUGCUUCUGAAAGACAACCUGCAUCUGAAAUGGACUGUGCGUAAAGAGCAGAGAAAUUACUUCAUCUCGAUUUGACUUUCAAUAUUUUUCAUUGUGUACGUUAUUUGUUACUUGAAAAUUGUUGCGUAAGUGGACUGAUUCGGACUUUCGGGGAAAUUCCAUUUGUCACUGAACUUUGCAAAAGAAAACAUGACGGCUGAUAAGGACAAGAAAAGGAGCAGUUCGGAACGGCGGAAGGAGAAGUCUCGUGACGCGGCACGCUGUCGUCGAAGUAAGGAGACAGAGGGGUUCUACGAGCUGGCCCAUCAGCUGCCCCUCCCACGCAGCGUCAGCUCCCACUUGGACAAAGCCUCCAUCAUGAGACUGGCCAUCAGCUUCCUGCGCACCCGCAAGGUCGUCGGCCCAGGCUGCUCCAACGGUGCAGAGACUGAGGAGGACAGACAGACGGACAGUAUGUAUUUGAAGUCACUGGAGGGGUUUGUCACUGUGGUUACAUCAGACGGCGACAUGAUCUUCCUCUCAGAAAACAUCAACAAGUUCAUGGGCUUAACACAGGUAGAGUUGACUGGACAAAGCAUCUUUGACUUCACCCACCCCUGCGACCACGAUGAGAUUCGCGAGAACCUGAGUCUGAAAAAUGGCACUGGGAAGAAGGGGAAAGCCUUGAGCACUGAGAGAGACUUCUUCAUGAGGAUGAAGUGCACAGUGACAAACCGCGGACGCACUGUCAACCUGAAAUCAGCCAGCUGGAAAGUUCUGCACUGCACUGGCCACCUGAAGGUGUACAGCAGUUGCGCCCCUCAUGGGCUGUGUGGGUUCAAGGAGCCUCCUCUCACCUGCCUGGUGAUGAUGUGUGAGCCCAUCCCCCACCCCUCCAACAUCGACACGCCCCUGGACAGCAAGACCUUCCUGAGCCGCCACAGCAUGGACAUGAAGUUCACCUACUGCGACGACAGAGUCACUGAGCUGAUGGGCUACAGUCCUGAAGAUCUGCUGGGCCGCUCUGUCUAUGAGUUCUACCACGCUUUGGACUCUGACAGUGUCACCAAGAGCCACCAGAACCUGUGCAGUAAAGGUCAGGCAGUGAGUGGACAGUAUCGUAUGCUGGCCAAACAUGGAGGCUACGUAUGGGUUGAGACCCAGGGCACAGUCAUCUACAACAGCCGGAAUUCCCAGCCGCAGUGCAUCGUUUGUGUCAACUACGUCCUCAGUGACGUGGAGAACAAGUCCAUGAUCUUCUCCAUGGACCAGACUGAGUCUCUGUUCAAGCCACACCACAUGAACAGUUUCUUCACCCAGAGUGGUGCUGCGGUGGCCGCGGAGCCCAUCAAGACUCUGUUCACCAAACUCAAAGAGGAGCCAGAAGACCUUGCUCAACUGGCCCCCACACCUGGAGACGCCGUCAUCACCCUUGACUUUGGAAGGCCACCGUUUGAGGAGCCUCAUCCUCCUCUUUACCCCAAGAUGUCUCCCAUGGCCCCUCAGGCCCCCCAGGGCUGGGGUAGUGAUGCCCACAAGCCCUGCCCGGCAGGCGACAUGUCCAACCACAUGGCUGCCACCUUCUCAGUGCCCCAGAACCCCACACCAGGCAGUGCCACCCCCAGCACUGCCCCCCCUAGCCUGAGCAGUUGUUCCACGCCCAGCAGCCCAGGGGAUUACUACAGCGAGAGAGAGAGUGACCUGAAGGUUGAGCUGACUGAGAAGCUCUUUGCUCUGGACACAGAGGGGCCCAAGAGCCCCGGCAGCACCCAGUCGGUCCUGAGUGAUUUGGAUCUGGAGACCCUGGCUCCCUACAUCCCCAUGGACGGAGAAGACUUCCAACUCCACCCCAUCAUUACUGAAGAGGCCCCUGGAGGCACCGAGGGGGCCGCUGACCAAAUGGGACACCGCACCACACAGAACGGGUUCAGCAACAUCGCCAGCCUCUUCCAGCCCCUGGGAUCCCCACAGUCUGCCCACUACCAGCCCGCCAAGUGGGCCCCAGGAGACAAGAGAGGCCCCAACCACAGUGAAAUAAGCCCCAUGGACUCCAGGCCUACUCUGCCCUACACGGGCCCUGCACAGAUCACCCCCUACCACACCCUAGCCAGCACCCCUUUGUCCUCCAUGGGCGGACGGCAGAACCUGCAGUGGCCCCCAGAUCCUCCGUUACACUACCAACAACAAGUGGACGCCAUGGGCGGAAGCAACUCAUGUCAGAACAUGCCGGUCAACAGGAUGCACAAGCAGAGGUCAAUGGAGAACUUUGUCCAGGCCUACAGAGACAUGAGUCCUGCUAGAAUCGCCAUAGCCAACAACUUCAAGCGCUCCUUCACGCAAAUGGCAGUGGGUGACUCCACCCUGAGUACACCAUCAGAGAUGAUGUGGAAGAGGAUGAGGAAUGAAAGCUGUGCCAUCCUGGAUAGAUCUCUCAGCACCAGCUCACUGGCAGAUAAAGGUAUGUGCAUACAUGGGGGUGUUGACCAGUGUCUCAGCCCCCUUCAACGGCACAGGAAGUCCCAGUAUCCAGGAUGUGGAAACAGUGCACCUAAAAAAGCCUUCCCCGAACAGUGGUGCAACUACAGAGAAUACCGUAUGCUGCCCUCUCCCAAAACAGAGGGGGUUGCCAGUCGGCUGUUGGGCCCGUCCUUUGAGACCUAUUGUCUGCCAGAGCUCACCCGCUACGACUGCGAGGUCAAUGUCCCUCUCCAAGGCAACCUGCACUUGCUGCAGGGCAGUGACCUACUGAGAGCCCUGGACCAGGCCACCUAGACCCAGGCCUACACCCCCUACUGCAUUUCCCUACCCUGGACCAGGCCACCUAGACCCAGCCCUACACCCCCUACUCCCCUACCCUACCCUCCUCUGGACCAGGCCACCUAGACCCAGCUCUACACCCCUACCCCCCUACCCUACCCUCCUCUGGACCAGGCCACCUAGACCCAGCCCUACACCCCUACCCCCCUACCCUACCCUCCUCUGGACCAGGCCACCUAGACCCAGCCCUACACCCCUACUCCCCUACCCUACCCUGGACCAGGCCACCUAGACCCAGCUCUACACCCCUACCCCCCUACCCUACCCUCCUCUAGACCAGGCCACCUAGACCCAACUCUACACCCCUACCCCCCUACCCUACCCUCCUCUGGACCAGGCCACCUAGACCCAGCUCUACACCCCUACCCCCCUACCCUACCCUGGACCAGGCCACCUAGACCCAGCUCUACACCCCUACCCCCCUACCCUACCCUCCUCUGGACCAGGCCACCUAGACCCAGCUCUACACCCCUACCCCCCUACCCUACCCUCCUCUGGACCAGGCCACCUAGACCCAACCCUACACCCCCUACUCCCCUACCCUACCCUACCCUCCCCUGGACAAGGCCACCUCGACCCAGCACUACACCCCCUACUCCCCCACCCACCCACCCUACCAUACCCAGCCCUGGACCAGGCCUCCGAGACGCAGACAUAUACCCCCUCCCGUACUUUAUCUUACCCUACCUAGACAUAGCCCUCACCAACCUCACCUCUACCCAUCCUUACCCUCCAAUAGUCUUAGCCAAUACACCCUAGACUAACACAUCUCUACAACACUGACUGACACCUCAGCCAAGCCGCUUCCCCUGUCCUAACGUCCUGGCACAUCUAACAUAGUACUACUCAACCAUGCCCCACCCACCCACCCUACCAUACCAAGCCCCAUACAAACCUGUUUCAUCAUCAAAGCCACACAUACCCUGCCUCCUCCUCAUCCAUCCACCCUACUGCCCCUAUGUAUCAUGAGAAAAACGUGUGGCUUCUGUUCUAUUUUUGUUGUCUUUAUCAUCAUAAAUUAUAUACGUGUAUAAUUCUUAGUUAUUAGUCUAUUUCUGUUAAACGAUUUGAUCUGUUUCAGUGUUCUCAAGCUCUAUUCUGUCCCCCCAAUUGUGUGAUCUGUAGCCUACUUUUCUUCUUUCACCAUGUCUGUCUGUCUGUCUGUCUGUCUGUCUGUCUGUCUGUCUGUUUCUGUCUGUCUGUCUGUCUGUCUGUCUGUCUGUCUGUCUGUCUGUCUGUCUGUCUGUCUGUCUGUCUGUCUGUCUGUCUGUCUGUCUGUCUGUCUGUCUGUCCGUCCGUCCGUCCGUCUGUCUGUACGACGCUGUCAUAGACACACUAACAAACAAAACAGUCUGAAAUCCAGAUUAAACUUCACCGAAUGUAAGCAUAACACCCAGGUUUUUUUUAAAUAAACGUUUUUGUUGUUCUUUUACUACCCUUUCCCCAUUCCUUACUGACUAGUUUCCUUCAGUCACUGGUGUCUGUUUCUAUUGUUCCCUCAGUGUGAGCUCACUGGAUAGUUACAGUGCUUGCCAUGAAGUUGAUUGGUCAAAUCAGAGCGUGCCCCCGACAUAGGGAGGAGAGUGCUAUUUUUGGUAUUAUGGCAUUAGAAGUCAUAUAAGAAUCAGAGAGACUUUGGCCUAGAUCACAGGAGGGUGGUGACGGGAGGACGGCUCAUAGUAAUGACUGUAAUGAAGUGAAUGAGAUGGUAUCAAACACAAUAAAACCAUGUGUUUGAUGUGUCAAUACCAUUUAAUUAAUUCCAUUCCAGCCAUUACUAUGAGCCCAUUCACUCCAAUAAAGGUGCCACCAGCCACCUGUGUCCUAGAUUCACUAAGAUCAAGCGUUAACCAGUGAUAGCCGACACCUGCACAGCUGGAGUUUUAGCCGUGUCGCAGGUUUAACUGUGUUGCAGCUGUUAAGUAAGAGAGGUUGCUCGUGUGGUCAUUGUCCUGUGUGUCCUGUGUGGCUCAGUCGGUAGAGCAUGGCGCUUGCAAUGCCAAGCGUCGUGGGUUCGAUUCCCGCUGGGGCCACCCAUAUGUAAAAGUAGUGGCCCCAGCCGACUUGUAAGUCGCUUUGGACAAAAGCGUCUGCUAAAUGGGAUAUAUAUUGUCACGAAGCCACACCGGUCCCACUCGCAUUACAAGUUCAGAAUGAGUAAGUCUAGGCUAUAUAGAAAUUACAUGACACUCCAAUUGAGAAUCAUUAAACUAAAUAAUUAGGAUUUCUAUCAGCCUAAUCGAGGUGUAAAUUAAAUAUCACAUUCCAGUGUUUGAACUUGUAAACAAGGUUGCAUGGGAUUUCUCUUAAUGCGACUCCGUGUAGCCAAUAGCAAUGUCCUCCUUUAGGUAUCAUGCCGGGAGCCGCUUGUGGAUUUGAACACUUCCUUAGUUUAAGAUAUGGCAACUCACUAUUGACAUUGAGACUCUUUUUCUGUAUUCCUUCUCUUUCUUUCUCUUUCAUUCUCAUUUUUAGGUCUUUGUCUUUAUGUGGUGACCACUUAAAAGUUUGAAUUUAGCUUCGUACACACAUACAUGUAUUUAAAGACAGAAGCUAUAAAGUUUCUACUAUAAUGUCAAGAUAGUGUUUUAGUGUUUAUGUGCCUUGGUACUUUGUCUUAUCUACCCAGUAGAUGCAGAUUGUAUUCCUGUGUUUUAGAUGUUACUCCAUAGUGCUGGUGUCUGUUUUGUUUUUUGUUUUUUCCAGAGAGUAUGCACAAGUAUAAUGAAAUUGUUAGCAGGCCAGUACUGAUCUGUUGUUGCGCUUUAAAGAAAAAAGAAAAUGGAGAGGGAAAAAACGAUAACAUUUUCUAAGUUCCACUUUUGACAUGUAGCAUUUUGAAUAUUGUAAACAAAAGAAAUUGACACAAAAGUAAUAUCUUUCAACAGUAUCUAAACAGGUGAUGGUGCUUUAUAGAUAUAACCAUCUUGCAUUUGUAGAGGCAACUUUAUAUGUUUCAUGGAUCCACUUUCAGUAACACUGUAUUUUGAUGUUAUUGUUCAUUUUUCUUGCUGAGAUUGUCUUUAAAGGUGAUUCAUAACAGA